UCUACUAAAGACUUCAAAAAGUCUUCCAUCUUGUUAAAUGCUAUCUUCCACGAUAAUGCCUUUAACUAAUUUGAUGUAAAAGUAUGAGUUUUUGCCACUUCUCAGAAAAUAAAAAAAUGUCAUUCUUUGCAACAUUGAAUCUUCUGGUGGUGUUGGUGAUGUUGCUUAUACUUCCAUACAACAACGUGCAUGGAGAUGAACAACAAGAUUCAUGCUCUACAAGGUGCGGUGACCAUAACAUAAGCCACCCUUUCCGAUUGAAAGACAGUCCCGAAAACUGUGGUGACAAAAGGUACAUCUUAUCAUGUGAGGACAACAACCAAUUGAUUUUGUACUAUGGUUCAUUUGGAAAAUACUAUGUACAAUCAAUUAAUUACAAUAACUUCACUAUACGUCUAUUGGAUUUCAAUAGUCAUGGUUACUCUAAUUAUUCCCUCCCACCUCAUCCACUAGGCUUCUAUAGUUUCGAUUCAAGGACCAUCAAUCCAAUAGCCUUGCCAUAUAGAGUGUUUGGGGAUCACUAUAUAGAUUUGUUCAAGUCUAUGUUAUAUGUGACAUGUCCCAAACAUGUCCAAUAUUCUUCAGGUAUUUACUUUGAUGCUGCUUGUAUGAACAUUAGUAAUUCUUAUGAACAGCAGAAAGGGAACUAUAUUGUGUUUGGGGACAAAUCUCUUUUGGAAUUGGCUCUGGGAGAUGAGUGUCGUAUAGAGUUGAUGUUUCUUACAUCUUGGGAUUUUAAGCAUGGUGGAAACAACAACAUUUCUUGUACGGAUAUUCAUCGUAUGAUGUUUUAUGGAUUUGAACUUUCAUGGCUCAAUAGUCUUUGUAAACAUGGUUGGUAUUCAGACAUCCUCGAUUACAAUAACCAACGUCGUGCACCUUCAGAAACUUGGAGUUUACAGGCUCUGGUAACCGUAUCUAUCUUGAUGUACAUAGGUAUAUUGCUUGGUUUUCUUUCCGGUGUUAAAUUUGUUCUUGGAGUACCUAUUGUAUUAUUAAUCUACAAAUGGCGACAAAAACAUUUAUCUGUGUAUGAUGGCAUCGAAGAUUUUCUACGCAGUGAUAAUAGCAUCAUGCCUAUAAGGUACUCUUACAAAGACAUAAAAAAGAUAACAGAACAAUUCAAGAUAAAACUAGGCAACGGAGGUUAUGGAACUGUUUUUAAAGGAAAACUUCGAAGUGAUCGUCUUGUAGCGGUCAAAUUAUUGGACAAAGCCAAGACCAACGGUCAAGAUUUUGUCAAUGAAGUUACUACCAUUGGUAGGAUUCACCAUGUCAAUGUGGUACAACUCAUUGGAUUUUGUGUGGAGGGUUCAAAACGUGCUCUUAUAUAUGAAUUCAUGCCAAAUGGAUCACUGGAAAAAUACAUAUUUUCUCUUAUUGAAGAGAGUAACUCUUUGAGUUGUAAAAAAUUGUAUGCCAUUUCUCUUGGUGUAGCUCGAGGUAUUGCAUACUUGCAUAAUGGAUGCAAUAUGAAAAUUCUACACUUUGAUAUAAAGCCUCAUAACAUCCUUCUUGAUGAAAAUUUCAAUCCAAAAGUUUCUGAUUUUGGAUUAGCUAGGGUUUCUCCUACAGACAAAAGCAUUGUGUCCUUAACUGCAGCAAGAGGAACCAUUGGAUACAUGGCCCCUGAACUAUUCUACAGAAAUGUCGGCACAAUAUCUCACAAAGCUGAUGUCUAUAGCUUUGGGAUGUUGUUGAUGGAGAUGGCAAGUAGAAGGAAGAACUUGAAUCCAUUGGCUGAGCAAUCUUGCCAAAUUUAUUUCCCUUUUUGGAUUUAUGGUCAGUUACAUGAUGGAAGUGAAGUAACAAUUGAGAAUGACACAGAUGAAGAAAUGAAAUUGGCAAAGAAAAUGAUGAUUGUGGCUUUAUGGUGUAUACAGACAAAACCAGGUGAUCGUCCUUCAAUGGAUAAAGUGAUUGAGAUGCUUGAAGAAGAAGAUGGGGAUUUGCAAAUGCCUAAUAAGCCUUACCUUUAUCCACAAGAUCUACCAGCUGAGGAUUUUAGAGAUGGUAAUACUAGAAGUUCUUGGUCUUCCUCUGAUACAUCAAUAAAUGAUUUCAUGGAACCAACCUGAUCUCGUGUUGGUUCUCGGAUGAGUUGCACAAAAAUUGAAGCAUAUUCACUGCCAACCAACUCUUUCAGAAGUAUUUCCCAACUUAUGCAAUUAAUUUUAAAUCUGUAUUGGUAUCACCAUGAUAGUCUUGCAAUAUGUAUUGGUCUCACCAUGUUGAGACAUCCAUUGUCACCACCAACGGUUUGUAGGUCAUUGAGCAGACACCAUAUAAGCAUCGAAAUUGUAUGCGUUAAUGGUUAUAGGCCUCUAAGUACAUGUGUGAAUACACGAUGAGGACGUUAGUGGUUGAUAUACAAAAUAAAAAACAUAAUAUCUAGCUUGAUCCAAUAAGCCUUUACAGAAAACUCGGUUUUUCUUUGUUGAUCCAAUGUGUUAGUGGUCUUUAUAAUCAUCAUUUUACCACACUUCAUUGUACUAAUUUGUUACAGUAUUUUACAUGUAUUCUUGCAAAUAUAUAUUAAGGUUUAUCUUCCACCUUCCACA